UCGAUCCAAAAUAGUGCACAGCAUCGAAUCGUUCCUCACCGACAGGGCUACCUACCCUGCGAUUCUCGUGCAAUUUGAUGCACUCUACGAAGGUGCACCUUUGGCUCGAAGUUGAAAAGUGUGCUUCCAGGAUUUCUAUUGCGGGCUGAAGUUUGAAUUCGUGAGGUGGGGUGGUCAUUGUGACUGCUGUGCUCCACGGCGCCGGUACACGAGGGUCAACGCUCCACUGGCACACAGCACACAACACGAAGCUGGAGGUGGCAGGAAGCUGGCCAGCGGGUCACGUAGGUGGUAGAUGGGGAGCCAAGCGACGAACAAACGUAGGCGUCAAAGGCAACUGCUGAAAUUCCGGAGACCGGUGGAGAUCUCGAAGAAGAUGUUCGAUCCUGGCCUUUGCUCGUGGAGAGACGUGUACAAGGCGAUUCCGAAUCGCGGGCAGGGAGACUUUUGGCCCUUGUCGGUGAUAUUUCUCGCCUUACACAGAGGUGGAAUGGAUGCCCACAGAGCGCAAUGUGUGCUGUCGACACAACGUAAGGAAUUGGCGGACCUUAUCCUCCUUUGUCGGGAGCUCAUCGUAGAGUACCAAGCAGCUACAGGAGAGGGGGGGGCCUUCUUUGUAAGCCAAAGCGACUCGGACAAACCGGAUGCGGACAUCAAGAGCAUGGCCAAAUCCACCGCCGACAUCUGCACGUUGGAAGACUGGAAACGCGUCACCCUCUGUCCCGAAGGCUACCUGGACGACAAAGCUCUUGUGAUCCUUGGCAAGCUGUUAUUGCGCGAGGUCAUCCAGCUCGUCAAGGAGGAUGGUAUCGUGGGAGAGCGUAUCGUGGACGCCAGAGAGCCGUCCGCUUUGCUGGGGGCAAACCUGGUCCUCCACCGUGGAGCCCACUUCGAGGCUCUUCUCCCGAAAGUGAGGACUGCCGUUUGCCGUUGUCGUGACGAAUCGUGA